GUUUGGGUUUCUCAGAAAGGACACUUCAAGUCGAUCUUCGAAACAAUGAAUGGCGAGAUAUCAUAUCACUGAAUUUCUGUUGAGGAAAAGACAAGACAAACCCUAGGGAAUGGCUUCAGAAGGUAAUGAUGUUCAUACUGCUAGAAUUUUUAAGCGAUCAGUUUUUUUAAAGCAUUGGAUCAUACAUCCGUUUAUCAGUUCACGUAAAAGCUACAAUGUCCACCACAAUCCUUAACAAUUCUUGUUAUCAGGUUAUCAAAGCUCUUGCACUCAGGAGUGGUGACAAAAUGAUGCACUCAGUUAUACUUUUUACAUUUUCCAUCGCAGAAGGUUACAUCAUUUUGUUCAAGAUAUGCUUCUAAAUCAAAAUUAUGUCAUCCAUCCAGUUCAAACAGAUUACUGCAAACAGACCUUCAGUUCAUUUUUUCGCGGUCGAUUUCGUUUUUCCUUUCAAUGAUAUGCCCCCCUGUUCAGGAAUAAAAUGACUCUAAAAAGGUUCAAAUGUGUCCUCUUCGAGCCAAGUGCUGUGAAUCAUUGUAGUUGUGGUGUACCUACUAAAUUCAACAUGCAAGAAGAAAUUUAAGAAUUCCGAGAAAAGCAAACAGUAGUGCGCUUUGACCUUGAUGACAAGUGUCACGAGACUGUGCAUAAUAUUUCAUCACAGAACCUUCCUUAACUAAAGAUUUGUCAUCUUCUAUUUGUGAAAACAAAGUGAUUUUGGGCUUUCGGAAAGGACAACCAACUGUCUCCCUUAGGGGCAGUUAAAAAGCGUAUAUCAAAAGUGUUAAAUGUUCAAACGAAUGAAAUGGCUAAACUCAUGAUCAGUUUACUUUCGUUUCUUCUUUGCUUCAAUGUAGCUUUGCUCUAAGAGCUUCUCUGCCAUUGCAGCAUGUCUAGUUUUUAUGCAAUACUCUUUUCAUAAGUCCCAGCAUAAUUGAUUGAACUUCAUUACUAAAUAUAGGAAGGAAAAGAAUUCAGGAAAGAAAUAGUUUCGGUGCCCAAGGUUGUAUAUAUAAAGCUUGCAUAUUUUUGAUGCCUGUGUGGAGUCGAGUUUACGACAUUAACGAUUAAAUGAGUGUAGAUAGAUGAAAAUCUUAUAUGUGAACUGCGGAUUAAGAAAUGCAUAUGAAAGCGCUCUUCUCAGUUAUGAACAUCACUCGAGCAGUAGUGAAAGUAAGGCCUGAAAUAAAUUGAGGCUUGUAUGGGAUUUGAAUCCAUGAACUCUGCGAUACCUGUGCAGCGACCUACUAACUGAGCUAACGAGCCAGGUGAGAGCUGGUCAGUAUUUUGGUUCGUAAUAAACCCAUGAAGUGACGGAUAAAUGGCUGUAAAUAUGAAAAUCAUAUAUGUGAACUAAUGUGAUCGGUUUCGAACAAAAAUUAUCAGCCUUGAAUUGUUCCUCAAGUGUAAAUUUCGCAUAACGGGAUCAAAGAAACAUCGUCGGUUAUUUUUUCGAUGGGCAUUUCCCUUGAAGUAAAACCAAACUUAGAAAGCAACACAAGUUAUUUGAUUUCAUAAAUCAAUAAUUGAAUGCAUGCAUCAUCUACAUUUUCAUACCUUUCUGUCAAAAAAAAACCUCCAUCAAAUCUUUGAGAGGUCAUACGUUACGUUAAUAGAGGUCUCUACUUUCCCUUGCGUUUCAAGGCUUUUAUAGUUUAGACACAGACAUUAUGAGUUCUAAAUAUCCAUGGCAUUAAAAUAUUAAAGCCGAUGAAUGUAGAAUCGUUCGUCGAUCAUUCCAAAACUGAAUGUUAAAUAUUACUCUCUAAAAAAGGACCAACAACAAGACGAAGAAAGAUUGAGAGGCAGCAUCAUUGUCUGUUUGCUGUUGAUAUGUUAAUUAGAUUUAUGCAUUAAAAUGGCGUGACUUGUGAUGCCUGGGAUAAAUCACUCAAGUGGACCGAGCAAAUGUAAACGGGAAGUCAUUUAAUGACCUUUCGGUUUCCGCUUAUUCCGGGAAAUUUCCCUUGUUAUUAAGUGUCUUGCAAAGCAAUCGGUCGAUCUUUUGUGUCCUUAAAUUUUACUGCCGUCAAAGCAAUUACACAAGGCUAAAAAUAUUUCCCGACUGGGAGUGUAUUUUCCGAGAAAUUCAACAGGAAGAGAAAAUUAUUUCGUAAGAAAGAGAAUAGGGCACUUUAUUUCGUAAUCUUAUCUUCGUGAGAUACUUCUCGAACGUUGCCUGAUAGUCGUGAAAUUAGGAGGGAAUUCAAUUAGGUUUUAUUUUCUGUUGAAACAGGAUAUUCUAAUAUCAUGACCCUUGAUCGUCGGUUAAUUCGGGGAGUUUUCCUUUCUGUUUGGAUGUCUCGGAAAACACGGUUCAAGUCAGUCUUCGAUCCUUUGAAUGACGAGACAUAUUAUCACAGAACUCCUGUCGAAGAAAAGACAAGAAAAAUACAAAAGUAUGGCUUCAAAGGGUAAUGUUGUUCAUACCGGUAGAAUUUUCAUAAAAAUUAAUUUCAGAAAGGUCAAAUCUUUGAAUUAUACAUUCGUUUACCAGCUCAUGCAAGAGCUACACUGUCAACCACAAUCCUUAACAAUGAUUUUUUUCAGGUGAUCACAGCUCUUACACUCAGGAAUGGUCACAAAAAUGAGCAUUCAGUCACACAUUUUAGUUUACUUUCACAGCAGUUGGUAAUUUCGCUUAGAAUAUGCUUCCAGAUCAAAACUAUGUAAUCCAACAAGCUCCAGAAAACAUUUUAGAUUUUUUCCUUGUUGACAUCUGCUAAGGAAAUCAAUAGGUUUCUGAGAAAAAAAAAAUGUUUUUUUUUGGCAUGAUGCCAUCCGUGGUGACGUUUCUUGUGAAAGCAUUGCCAGCCAAGUUUGUGUCCACAUAAAUUUUGGCCGAGCAAGAUGGCUGAUUUAUUGUCCAAAACUUACAUCUAAUAUACUCAAUUAUUAACGAAUUUUGAUUUGUUUAGCUCUAACAAAGGUUAGACCACGAAGACAAAAAAGGCAUAAAGUGCUCAUACUACAAAAACACAUUAAAUAAAAGGGAUGGAGGUAUGCAAGGAGAGGGUCAAACUUGCAAAGUGCGUCAGGUCAGGAGACAAAAUAUAACGAACUCGAGAGACAUGCCACGUCUUAUAUCGCUUGAUCCCUUGAUGUUUAGUAGAACGUUAUGUUGACACUCUGUUCCCAUCCCUUAUGAUUAUAAUUUUAUGAUUCUAGGUUAAUUUGGUAUAAUAUCAGCUAAACGAAUCAUUCUUUUGGUUUCAUUCAUUUUGCACUCAGCUACGUUUAAAAACAAGUACUUACUGAAACGGAAAAGAAAAGAAAAAAUGUUGUACAAACUUGCGAGUUCUCAAGAAAACACAUUUGCCAUAAAAAAGUAGAACCUUUUUAGUUUUCCAAAGAUCGUUAAAGAUUUACAGCUCUUCUAUGUUCUACUUCUCUUCUUAUUGUAUCUAAUGCAAUUGCUGGCAAAUUUGACAUUGAAACAUUAUUCAAGUGUUAUUGUUUUCACAGUUCGUUAGGGGCAGUAUUCUGCAAAGUCUGCAAUCUGAUUGGUUCCGAGAGCGCGCAAUAUUCUCCCAUCCGACCCGCUCCCAGCGGGUGGUAUCCAUUUCAUGUUGAGCCGCUUUGCAAAACAUCUCUAUGUAGAAAAAAAAUGUUUCAAAGUUUGCUUGGAAGCCUUUUAAAUUAACUUUACCAUUACGCAAAUAAAAAUGUCGCAAUCCAGUCUCCCUCUUUAAUUUGAAUAACCUUUGUUUUCAUUGUUAUCUACUCGCUCAAAAACUGUUCAGGUUAUGGAAUUACGGCUCUUAUCAUUAAGGAUAGGGAUAAAAAAAUAAAAAUGUUAUUUACCAGCUAAGGUCGGUCCGUAUUGAGUAAAAGUGUGCCCUAUGUCUUACGUAUUAUGAAUAUCAAGUAUUAGUAUUAUGUAUUAUGAAUGAUUUUUUAUUGUAUUUUAUCAAGCCUCAAAUAAGAACCUAAAGGAAGACUAAGAAUGUGAUCAGCUUUGUCCUCAGACAAGCUUAAACUUUGCUUGCACCAAGACUCAUUUAUAAUCACUUCCGCAGUUGUUUGCUAAGAAAAUUGUCGGUUUCGAAUUCGAAGAGAUCGUCGGUCAUAUGGUCUAAAAGAGGUAAGAGACCUGUGAAGGAGUAAGAGAUUGGCUAUCUCGUUGCUUCCUUAUCUGAGAAUAUUUAGAUCCAUUAAACAUCCAAGUUGAUCUACCUGCCAGAUACCUAAGAGCUAAAGCUGAUCAAACUUACGCAGGUCUAAUAGUAUGGUGUUAUUACAUUUGCAGUUAAAGAAAAUCCGUCCGAUGAUUUUAAGAAUCCAUACAUUGCCGUGGUGGCGAUAGACUUUGGCACUUCAUACACUGGCUUUGCCUUUUCAUUUAACAAAGGUAAUGAACAAGACGCGAUUUUCAUGAACCGGGACUGGACGAAUGAACAGGGAGGCAGAACGAGCAAGACUCCGACCUGCCUGCUCCUUAAUUCAGAUCUCAGUUUUAACUCGUUUGGCUACGAUGCAAUGGAAAACUAUGCACAGCUACAAAAUGAACACGAGGAGCAGAAGUACUUCUUCUUUCAGCAUUUUAAAAUGGCACUCCACAACGAUGAGGUAUAGUAGCUGCUUAACAAUUACCUAGAAAUCUGGGAUCAAUAUCAGUAUCUGGGCAACUGGCCACCUACCCCUCCCGUAACUCAACAACAGUCAAUUGAUAACAAGUUAAGGUUAAUGUUGGGUUAGGGGAGGGGUAGGUGGGCAGUUGCCCAGAUACUGAUAUUGAUCCGAAAUCAGUAUCGAAUCUUAAUCCAAAUCGUCUUAGAUGAAAUGAAGUUCCUUUCCUUUGGCACCUGACUAUCGAAUUUUAAUACCCUCAAUGGAGUUUUAUGUAAUCAGAAAACCUUUCUACACUGGAAAAUGUGGUACUCAGGUGAGAAUAUUCGGCGUCCCAUGCGACAAUAAUUAGCGACCUCUAGAGUGCUACAAAGUGUUUUGAGUACUCUCGUUUAAAAUAUUUUCCCACUGAUUGGUUAUAUAUUAUUAGAAACUUAACAAGGAAACAUCCAUUAAAGCUGCAAAUGGAAAAGAGGUUAAGGCCCAGACUGUGUUUGCACUUUCAAUCAAGUUUUUGAAAGACGAAGCAAUCAAAAUUCUUGCCUUGGACACCGGUGAUGACCAAUUUAAGGCAGACGAUAUUCAAUGGGUACUAACUGUUCCUGCAAUAUGGACUCCAGCAGCUAAACAGUUCAUGAGAGAAGCAGCCAAUCAGGUGAGGUUGCAUAAAAAUACAUCGUGGUCACUUUGAUUCCAGCAUAUCAAUGCAUAGCAUGGAUUUUUUUUCACUCAGGCUAAAUCACCCAUUUUCACUUCCGUGCCUCUUUGUUCAGAAAAAGAGAGCUGCAAUUUAAAGUUCUAAUAACACAACUGAGGUAAAGUAGAGACGCGGAGACAUUUUCCUUAUCAACACAGAACUUGGCAUUGUUUAGGAUAUUUCUGAAUGCGCCCGAGGCACCAAAAGCAACCGAUCAAAACAUUUACAGGCAUUAGUAAAUUAUUUGGCUUCACCCAAACUUUUUCUGCUCUUUUUUUCUAUUUAAACAUUAGUUUUGUGUGUCUGGCGCCAACCCAUAUCCUCGUGCUUUUUAAACCCUUUGUUGCUUACUUUUCUCCCUUUCGGUACAUGUGUUUGCUUAGGAGGGAAGGGGGGUCUCCAUUUUUGCGAAUUAAAUGAAAAAUUUACAAGCCACAUUUUUUACUUCCUUUUUUUCUCGUAGGCCGGAGUUGGAAAGCAGACUAAUCCUGGCCAGUUAAUUAUCGCCUUAGAGCCCGAAACUGCCGCAAUUUUCUGCAUGGAACGAAAGAAUAUAGAAAGAGAAUGUAACAGUGAUUUCAAAGAUGAAGAGCUUUCAAAACCAAAAACACGGUACAUGGUCGUUGAUAUAGGAGGUAAAGAUGUUACUCAAAGAUCCCUUUGUUCUAUGCUUUAAGUGAAUUACCACGCAAAAAGGGUAGCAUAUACAUUUUUAAAGGAAUAAAGUGAGCACAUUAAGCUCGACUGAAUUGGGAAUAUAAAUAUGAAAUAAAACGCUUAAGUUCCAUUCAAAUAGACAUAUUCCACUCGGAAACAAUAACCUCCUUGAUGCAGACGCAGAGAGGUUUAGGAAAGAUGUACAGAAAAAUAAGCAAUAACCAAAGAUGAAUUUUGCCGCUUGAUUUAGCGGAACUUUCCGAUAUGGGGGGAGUAAGAAGAAUUAAAACUGAUUGGAACUUUUUCUUUAAAUAUUUCUAGGUGGGACAUUAGAUGUGGCCAUACAUGAGGUUAUAGAGAAAGGCAGCAUCAAAGAGAUUGACAAAAUAACGGGUGGUCCCUAUGGCGGGAUCAGAGUGAACCAAGAGUUCGAAAGGCUCUUGGGAGAUUUGUUCGGAGUAGCAAGGCUGAAUGCGUACAAAGAGAAGUUUCCCUCCGAUUGGCUGGCUCUGAUGAACGACUUUGAAGGGAAAAAGCAAGGAUUUCGUAUGUUGGGAGGAAAAAUGACAAAUAUCCGUUACCCGGCAAGCUUUGCUUCUCUGGUUGAGCAAAACACAGUUAAGGAGCGUUACGAUGAGAAUGAUGUUAGGUUGAGGAGGAAUGAAUAUCUUUGCAUAAGCCCAAACAUCAUGGAAGUAAAGUUGUUCGCACCUGUCUUAUCUGACAUCAGGGGUCAUUUGAAAAGACUGCAGGAAAGGACAAAGGCUUUAAAUGUUACAACCAUGAUUCUAGUGGGCGGAUUCGCGGACUCUCUGAUUCUUCAGAAUGAGAUUAAGAAGGAGUUUUCAAAGGAUUUUCGAGUUGUGGUCCCCCGAAAUGCCGCUAUAGCUGUAGUUCAAGGUGCUGUAUUAUUUGGAAAGAAUCCAGCUAAAAUAACGGAAAGGGUCAUGAGCACAACUUAUGGUGCCGAUUGCUCUCGGGAUUUUGACAAAUUCGUUCACCCUUCCACUAAGUUUUUUUUAGCCGAUGGUCGCCCGAAGUGCAAAGACUUAUUUAGCUGCUUUGUGAAGGAGGAUGAGGUCGCACGGUCAGGUCAUACUGUCAAGAAGAUGUAUGCCCCCCUUCAUGCAAAUGACACUCAACUUACAUUUGGAUUUUAUGUUGCAAAAAAUCCCGAAUGUAAGUUUAUCACCGAUGAAGGAGUAACUAAGAUUGGAAGUGUCACUGUCAACUCUCCAGAUACUUCUAAAGGGCGAAGCAGAAAUAUUGAAGUCACUAUGCACUUUGGAGGAACAGAAAUCGUCGCCACAGCAAUAGAUAUUUCGAGUGGAAGCACAGCACAAACCACUCUGGAUUUUUUCCAUGACUAACCGCUAUCAAAGAAAUGUAAUAGCACUCUUUUAUUCUGUAAGAAGCUGGUGUCGAUCUGAAACUUUAUGGCAAGUGCUAUGCAAAGCGGCGUAGAACAAUUUGUGUAGUAGAAAUAAUUUUAAUUGCGAAUUUUAAAGUUGUAAGUGCUGCUUGUAGGAACGAGGAUGAAAAAAGACGCACCAAGGAAAUUUGGCUUUUUUAGAUAUCAAAUUUUCUAUCGAAGGCGACGGUCUAUUCACUAGCUAAAGUGUGAAGUACAAACCUACAGAUUCUCAUAGUUCCUUAUGAUAUUCAUCUUUGUAUCCAUCGCAUGUCAAAAAUUCCACUUUUUCCUGAUAAAUUAACUGUAACAAUUUUUUAGUUUGUAAACAAAAUUAGAGAGAUGGCAAAUUUGAGCCCGGUAAAGAACUAGAGAAAGAUGUUGUUCGUCUUGUCACGAGCGUGAGACAAAGAAAAAAUUCUGAGUCCCAAUGAGGAAACGAACCCUAGACCUUCGGAUUCUGCGCUCCGAUGCUCUACCACUGAACAGAGACUCGGUGAGCGAGGUCUAUUACGAAGUUCAAAAGCCACGCGUUCUGCAUACCGCUUAGAUCAGCAAUAUCGAAAGAAUCUAUUUACAAACAUGACAAAUGUAUUCGGUGGCCUGAUAUAAAAAGUCACUUGAUCAAAAAUACAUCUUUCAAAAAUUUUACUUAAAGCUGAAAGGAAUGAUAUGCGACGAAAGUUGUUACUUGAGGAGCGACAGCCUUGUUUGAAGAUUAAGAUAACUUUGGCAAUUUUUAAACUGUCUAGAAAUAUGCCUUGCCUUAAUUAACAUAUCUCAGUGGGCCAGCAAUCUCAAUGGGCCAACAGAAAGUUUAAAUAUUGCAUGGUUAACGAAUGAACACUUUUUGGAAUUACAACUGGGUACAGUCUCUUCAAAGCAAUCGAUUAUUAUAGGUUUACCUACUUCGUUACAAAUAUGUAUCAGUUAUUGUUUACAAGAAUCAUCGAAAGGCUACAGGAUUUUUAUCGGCAGGAGUCAGCAUGUUCCUUGUUACCCGGUAAAAAGCACUCUUAGAUCAUCUUUCGUUAUAUCCUUUGACUAGCACAAUCUAAUUAAACGGUUAAGUCAUCUUGUGAACG